AUGGUCCUGAAGAACGUGUACGUCGUCGCUGCUAAACGGACGCCCUUUGGCAGCUUUGGCGGCAAACUCAAGGACAUUUCCGCCACGGAUCUCUGCGCCCAUGCCGCCAAGGCAACCCUAGCCGCCGCGAAGCUAGAGCCAGCGCUCGUGGACGUGGUCCAAGUGGGGAACGUCGCGGCCACGUCACCUGACGGCGCGUACAUUGCGCGUCACGUGCAGCUGAAGGCUGGGAUUCCACAGGACAAGCCGGCGCUGACGAUCAACCGCUUGUGCGGUAGUGGCUUCCAGUCAGUCGUCGGUGGCAUGCACGAGAUUUUGCUGGGACACGCCGAGAUUGCGCUCUGUGGCGGUGCCGAGAACAUGUCGCAGAGCCCAUUGGCUGUUUACGGGCAUCAGGCGCGGUUCGGGGUAGGGCUAGGGGCUGGCCUGAAUCUACAAGAUACGCUGUGGUCGGCCCUCACAGACUCGUACGUGAAGACGCCCAUGGGCAUGACAGCUGAGAACUUGGCUGAGAAGUACGAAAUCAGUCGGGAGGACUGCGACGUGUUUGCCCUGCAGAGCCAGACUCGAUGGGCUGAAGCUCAAGCUAAAGGAUGGCUGGAGGCUGAAGUGGCGCCACUGGACGUCCAGGUGGGGCGCCAGACGGAGGCGUUUGCCGUGGACGAGUCCCCUCGUGUCGUCGACAGGGCGAAGCUGGCGAAACUCAAGCCUGUGUUUAAGAAGGACGGGGUCGUGACGGCAGGCAAUGCCUCAGGUAUUUCAGAUGGCGCUGGCGCUGUGCUGUUGGCUAGUGAAGAUGCAGUGAAGCAGCAUGGUCUCGUGCCUUUGGCGCGGGUCGUGAGCUACCACGUGUCGGGGGUGGAUCCAACGAUCAUGGGCAUUGGUCCUGUCCCUGCUAUCACGGGGGCACUGAAGCGCGCUGGACUGAAGAAGUCGGACAUUGACAUGUUCGACAUUAAUGAGGCCUUUGCAGCGCAAUGGCUCUCUUGUGUCAAGGAGUUGGAGCUCGAUCCUGCGAUCGUGAACCAAAGUGGCGGGGCCAUUGCUCUUGGACACCCGCUUGGUGCCUCGGGCAGUCGCAUCACGGCUCACCUUGUGCAUGCACUGCAGCGCACGGGAAAGCGAUACGCGGUCGGGUCGGCUUGUAUUGGCGGCGGACAGGGUAUUGCACUGGUACUUGAGAACGCGGCGUAG